AUGCACAAACCAUCCAAUGGAAAAGGAGGCACCUUUAAUUGACUGAUGUUCGCUCAUAAGAAGAAAUGAUGAAAGCUAUUGAUUUCUAAACAAUGAAAGUAGGUAGAACGGAGUUACAUUAUGUGUGUAACAGGAGGAGGGUUCUAACAGUAAACCCUGUAACUGGGUGCUUGGAGGCAGAGUGGUGCCAUGGUCAUUGGUAGCAUUUUGAAUUCCUCAAGGGAGAGGUCUUUUCUUUCUGCCUGUGCUACUGAUGAGUGCCAAGUCCUUUGGCUGCAUCCAAAGGAGUGUGGCCAGCACGCCAAGGCCAGGCUGGAUGUGGUUCUGGGCAACCUGAUCUGGUUGAAGAUGUCCCUGCUCAUUGCAGGGGGUUGGACUGGAUGAGCUUGGAAGGUCCCUUCCAACCCAAACCGUUCUCUGCCCAUUCGAUACCUGCAUAUCACCAAAGCUCAGCCACCUCCACAGGCGAUGGAGUAAGCGUCCUGGAAGCUCCCAAGCCUGCAAGAGAGGACAAGGACACAGUAGAAGGACGGGACCAGGGUCAGCGGAGAGAGUAGAGGCUUCUUGCUGUCAAAGGUAUCUGAGAUGAAUCCCACAAGCCCAUUCUUUGGCACAACAGAAUAUGACUAUGGAUAUGAUGAAAACACUGCUCCAUGCAAUGAAGGAAAUGGCUUUCGCAGGUUUAAAUCCCUCUUCCUGCCGAUUCUUUACUGCCUUGUGUUUGUCUUCUGCCUUCUGGGAAACACCUUGGUCCUUUGGGUUCUCCUGACCAGGAAAAGGCUGACGACAAUGACUGACAUCUGCCUGCUGAACCUCGCAGCCUCUGACCUGCUCUUCGUUGUGCCUCUCCCUUUCCAAGCCCAUUAUGCUUCAGACCAGUGGGUUUUUGGCAAUGCUAUGUGCAAGAUAAUGGCUGGCAUUUAUUACACAGGGUUUUACAGCAGCAUUUUCUUUAUAACCCUCAUGAGCAUUGACAGGUAUAUCGCAAUUGUCCAUGCUGUCUAUGCCAUGAGGAUACGGACAGCCUCCUGUGGUAUAAUCACCAGUUUAAUCCUGUGGCUGGUGGCUGGCCUGGCUUCUGUCCCCAACAUCAUGUUCAACCAGCAGCUGGAAAUCGAGCAGUCUGUGCAGUGUGUCCCCAUAUACCCCCCAGGCGACAAUACCUGGAAGGUUGCUUCUCAGUUUGCAUCCAAUAUUUUAGGCCUCUUGAUUCCCCUGAGCAUCCUCAUCUGCUGCUAUGCCCAGAUACUGAAAAACCUGCAAAAAUGCAAAAACCGGAACAAGAUCAAGGCCAUCAAGAUGAUUUUCAUCAUCGUCAUUGUUUUCUUCCUCUUCUGGACUCCCUUCAACGUCGUGCUGUUCCUCGACUCCCUGCAGAGCCUGCACAUCAUCAAUGACUGCAAGGCAAGCUACCAGAUAGCCCUGGCGCUGCAGCUGACGGAAACCAUCUCCUUCAUCCACUGCUGCCUGAACCCCGUGAUCUACGCCUUUGCUGGGGUGACAUUCAAAGCCCAUCUGAAGGGACUGCUGCAGUCCUGUGUCCGUGUCCUCUCCAGCCCCAUUGCAGGUGCUGGGGCUGGUCAGUUGUUCCCAGCACCCAGCCAGAUCUCCAGCUGCUCGGACAGUGCAGUGAUCCUGUGAGCCCACCCGAGCUGCCUUCUUCCUGUGUGAGUAGUUGGCCUAAGGUCCAACGUGGACCUGGAGGCUGGUACCAUGUGUGCAGCAUCCUCUUGGGAGAACCAGUAUACCUCCUUUUGGGAUAUGCUGUGAGCAGAAGAGGCCACGUUAGUUUCCUAAGGGUUUGUAAGAUGGUGACUUUACGAGCUUGCCACAGAAUGGGUUUUAGCUAAGCUUUAGAGCUCUUUCAUUUCAGCAAGUAGCGUGCUUCCUCUGCUAUUUAUUUUCUCUUCUGAUGAAAGCAUCGGUUCUGCCUCACCCCAGACUAUGCUCUGCCUUGUGGAAGCUGUUCCAUACAUGAACCCUUACAUCCCCGAGACAGGCAUGGGACGCUCCUCUAGGAAGGCAUGGGAUUACUUCGCACUGCAAAGAGGGAGUCACGUCAGCAACUGUCACCAUUCCCAUUUUGCUUCAGCUUCCAGAUAACGAGGCCACUCAGACCAGGGCCCUGUUGCUUUCCUGUGGGAUGAUCCCAGGGGACACAGCUGGGGGGGUCCUUGCAGCUGCAGCUGCCCAAAGCAGCCUUUGGGGUGGUGAUGCCUUCAAAAACAGCAAAGCAACACCUCCAGGUGCCUCAUGGGGUCCCGUACACUCCGAUAUGUCAUCAUCAAAGCAGCCUGGUAGUCUGCAUGACUGCUGGGGGUGUGGGAUCUCCAACUCUGUGCCCCCAGAGCUUGCAGCUGAAUGUAAGCACCACCCAAUGUAGCAUGUAGCACGUAGGCUCUGUCUCUUUUUCCAUACAUCAUCUCCUGCUGCUUUAGAAUUGUCUUCUUUGAAUAAACAUAUUAACUGCA